AAAAUCAUAGCUUUGUUUUUUAAUUUUUUUUGUUAAUAAUUUUAAUUUCAAAAUUAAACUUGACGCGAAGUUCUACCGUGCCUUUUGAUUGUGUCUAAUUUGACGUCUUUCUGCGGCCAUAUUGAUGUGUGCCCGUGGUAUCAGACACUACCUCCCUCCUUCCUCUUAGCUUACCACCCCGCAGCAAAACGCGCCGUCCAUUAGGUCCAUGAGCAGAUCACCUGUUCACGUGAUUACAUUUAUUGCUUUGAUAAGAUUCCUAACCCUAACUUGAACCAGUGAACCUGACCUAUUUAACUUUAAACCUGUUUAAAUCUAAUGACUUGCGUUGCGGAGCAGACCGGCAUCGUUUUCUAUCUAAUUCUUUCAUUUUAUGCACAAACACGUCGAACAAGCACAAAUACAUCAAUAUUUGAGAUAAAGUUCGUUAACUGAAAAAUUAUCAGUUAAACGUAUCAUACAAAAGACAUAAAUAAGCUAUAUAAUGGUGCAAGAAGCGAAACUAACCAAAAGAAAAACCUUGCAGAAGGAAAAUAUAAGUCAGGAAGAAAGCAAGACCAAGCCCAUUGAGUCGAAAUAUGGACCUGCUGUGUCUUUUCCACAUCAAAGAGUAUGGUCUAGAUGUGUUUUGAUACUAGGAGUAUUAUUAAUAGUAUGGUAUAAUAGCAGACAAGGAAAGGAAAUAUCCUUAGCUAAGCAAACAGAUGUAUUGGUAAGCCGUACACAAAACAUAGACUGCUCUGCUGAUUAUAAAGAUGAAGUAGAAAAAUAUCCUGGUUGUAUACCAGAAAAAUGUGGUAGAGUUGUUAAUGAUAAGCUCAUUUCUACAUCUGAAGUAGAUAUUUUAUUGAAAAUAGCAAAAAGCGGAUUAGAUUUAGGUGGAUCGAAUGGUGGUGCAAGUAUACUAGAUCUUCAUUCUGGCGCUCUGAGCAAAGGCCAGAACUUUAUUAAUGUUUAUAAGCAGCCUAAAGCGAAAAAAAUAUUCAACAGUGCAGAUUUAGCAAUGUAUAGGGUAGUAAAAUCGAAAAUACAACAUGCAGUGGCACAUAAUUUUGGUAUAGAUAUAGAUAAGAUCUAUUUGACUAAACCUACUUUUUUUUCACAACUUACUUCCAAGCCUGCAAUAACCAUACAUGAUGAAUACUGGCAUCCGCAUGUUGAUAAGGAAACGUAUGAAUCCUUUCAUUACACAUCGUUGUUAUAUUUAAAUGAUUAUGAUAAAGAUUUCAAAGGUGGGCGAUUUAUUUUCAUUGAUAAAAACAAUGUCAAUACAACAAUAGAACCGAGAAGAGGCCGAGUAUCGAUGUUUACUUCGGGAAGUGAGAAUUUGCAUUUAGUUGAAAAAGUAAAAUCUGGUGUUCGAUAUGCUUUAACUGUAUCUUUCACGUGUGAUAAAAACGCCGCGAUAUCUGAUCCACACUUUAUCGAUGCUUGAAGUACUUGUAUAUGCCGUCUGUUCUCAAUUAUUGAGUGCAAGUAUAUCUACGUUAUUCAUUUAAAAAGCAAAUCAACUUGUGUUAAAGGAAAAUGAUUUGCUUUCCAAAUCAUCAGGUAUCAAUAUUUCUAUGUUACACAUUAAGUUUAUUCAAUCAAACAGUAUUAUAACAAUAUUUAUAUCUGAUAUUAUAUAGAGGAAUAAAGUAUUGUUUUUGUACAAAUUUGUUUUUCCGAAUAUGCAACUAAACAGAUAUUAGUUUUGAAAUUGAAUGAAUAAUUACAUAUAUAUAAUCAUAGUAAAUUUUUGGACAUCAAGUGCAUUAAACAAAUUAGUGUUAUCACUUGUACUUUCAACUUGUAAGCAGUUAUUUUCACAAUUAUUUUUUACAUCUAACGAUAAAAUACAAAUAAUAGAUACUACACAAUAUAUCAAAACAUUGUUUAUAAAAAUACACAUAUAUUCAUUGUACUUGAGAACUUGAUAAUCAUAUUAGUAAUGGAAUGUGUGUGUGAAAUGUAGACCGUGUUACAUAUUGUGCAUUUAGUCCUACGAUAGUUAGUAAUAAUUUUCUAAACACAUUCUAUGUUGUAGAGAUUCGGUUGACACAUUAUUCAUAAAUAAAGAAAUUACAUAUUGUUA